AUGCCUGAGGAAAACAUCCGCGGACCAAAUUCCCGAGGUUUUGGCAAGAAACCUGUCGCUCCGAAGCGGGAAAAGCGCGAUCCAUCCGACCUCGGACUGUUCGGCAUUGGAGACGAUAUCGCGGGUAUCGGUGAUGACGACGAUGAUUUGGGAGAUGACGGGGAUGACGGCGAUUUGGAGGCGGAACUGGCUGCGAUAGCCGCAGGGUCUGGUGCUGGAAGAAAAAGUCGACCGAAGCAAAAGCCGAAAGGCAAUAUUGUGGCACCUGAAGCACUGGAUGCGAUGGUAGCCGCCAGUUUGCGCGACGUUGGUAGUGACGAGGAUCUUUCUGACGGCGAUGACGAUUCUGAUUUAUUGAAUGAACUGGCAGAGAUAGCAGGCGGAAAUGCCGUUGACGAAGAACCAGAUCUAGACAGAGCGUCACCUCCAAAGCGAGCAGCUUCCAGUGGAUCGGCAAUAAAGGACGUGAUCAAAUCUAGGAUCGAAAUGUACACUAUUGCAGAACAGAAUGCUAAAAAAGCAAACGACUCGUCCAAAGCUAGGCGGUUCAAUCGAGGACUGAAAACCCUCAAAGAUUUAUUGAAACAAGCAGAGGCUGGCAAGACGGUGGAUCCCAAUGAUAUACCUCCGGAAGUAAGUGUAAAAUCGACAUCCUCCGAACCAAAACCGGAUCCACCAAAGGAGGAUAAAUCUCCAGAUGUUCCUAUAGUUCCAACCAGAAGGGCUCCUGCCCCUCCUCCUCCCGCAAGUCCUGCGCCAAUCUUUGAAGCAACGUCUGUAGAAAAAGAAUCUGAACCUAAAUCAGAACCCCAGUCUGAUCCGCAAUUAACAUUACUGAAUACGAGAAAAAUGCAGUAUAAGACCGCUGCAUUGGAAGCGAAAAAAGCAGGAAAUACAGAAAACGCUAUCCGAUACAUUAAGAUAGUUAAACAGUUUGAUUCGGUUAUUCAAGCUCUUGAAAACGGACAGGAAGUAGACCUUAGUAAAAUGCCACCACCUCCUGCUGAACUCGAUAAAAUGUCUACAGCGACUCCGCCGCCUGUGCCUCCUCGUGCGAAGAAAGAGGAAGAUCACACACAAAAAGAAGCCGAAGUGCCUACCGUUAGUAACAUUUCUGUUCCGGAAGAGCCUGAUCAGCCCGACGAAGAAGAAGUUUUGAUCCAAGCUUCCAGCAUUGGUGAAGCCUUGCAGCAAAGGUUGGAAAAGUAUCAAUCCGUAGAAAAGGCGGCCAAAGAUGAAGGCAACGCUUCCAAAGCACGACGCAUCGGGCGAAUUGUUAAACAGUAUCAAGACGCAAUUAAGCUUCACAAGGCUGGGAAACCGAUUCCUAUCGAUGAACUUCCCACUCCGCCGGGUUACGCACCGAUUCCCGUAGAUGAACCCCCGAAAGUAGCUGCGAAACCUGUCCCACCGCCGAGGCCAUCUCCACAGGUGACACCAGUGGUAUCGCCUGUUGCAGCUCCCGUUGCCGGUCCCAGUAAAAUACCGAAGCCACCUCAAACGCAGAACGAAAAACAAAUCGCUUUACUGUUGGAGCGCCAGAAGGAAUUCAGGAAGGCAGCCGUCGAGGCCAAAAAUGCCGGGGAACUCGAAGAAGCUAAGGAAUACCUCCGAGUAUUCAAGGGUUUGGAAAAGUUAAUUGAUACCGCCCGGGGUGGUAUCCCAAUCGAUAUGAGCACCAUCCCGAUAGCGCCAUCGAAGCGAUCUUCGCUGGAGGAUUCCUUUACGGUCGUUGCCGAAGAGGAUUGCACGCCCACGGAUGACGCGGAUGUCGAUCUGAACACUCGACUCGAGGAACAGUUGUCCAAACAGCUGAUCAUGUGCAGGAACACCAGGGAUCAUCACCGAGCGAUGGGCGAUGUGGCGGGUACGAACCGAUUCGAGAACUUAGCCUUGAGCGUUCAGAAGGAUCUGGACUUUGUGAGAUUAGCACACCGGAAGCGACUUCCGGUUCCCAAGUUUCACUACGAAAUGAAACAGUUCAACGUGGUCAAAUGCAACACGGAUUUGAGCGACAACGAAGUGGAAGUCUUGAUAGCUAGGGGAAUCAACUAUAACGUUCCAAAUCCAAAGGAAGUGGAUACUUUUGUGAAGCUAGAGUUCCCCUAUCCGACGGACGAUCCUCUGAAGGUGAAAACAGGGCUUGUGAGAGAUACGGACAAUCCGGAAUAUAAUCAUCGACAGAGCAUUGAAAUACAAAGGAGUCUACGAGCGUGUCAGCGGAUAUUCAAAAGACAAUCUCUGAAAUGCGAAGUGUUUUCGAAAGGAGGUUUUCUCCGCUCGGACACGCUCAUCGGAACAGUUACGAUUAAACUGCAGCCACUGGAGAUGCAAUGCGAGAUUCAUGAUUCAUUCCCGCUGAUGGACGGUCGUAAAACAGUCGGCGGCAAGUUGGAAGUGAAGAUACGUGUUCGGAAUCCGAUUCUAACCAAACAGAUCGAGCAGAUAAACGAAAAGUGGCUGAUUAUCGAUGCAUGAGUUCAGUAACCACCAGCACGGAGAACAGACAUCGAAGUUAGGAUAAUUUUCGGUAGCAGCAUGUUUGCAAUCCUUGGCGGUGACUAUAACUAUUUUACGAUCACCAUUAACCAUCGAGAUAGUAAUUGAGUGAUGCCAGCACUUUCAACACUUUUUAAAUUCGAUUAGAACGUCUGUGCUCUGUGCCAUCAGGACCUCAACACAGCCAGAGCCGCUUACCACAAUAGGAUGCAUUUGCUAUGCUGCGGUGCGACAGCUUUGGUUGUUAUCGAACUGCUAAGCUACGAACGAUGUGAGAUUUACUAGGGAAAAUCGGAAAAAAUGGGAAUGGAAUCUAAACAAUCGGUACUACUUAUAUAACCACUAUUACAAGAUCUGUGUGAUUCAGCAGGACAUUGGACGGUAAGGGUACCACAAGACCAUCGAAACUGCGUGAUUGAAACAAUCGAUAUGGUAGCAAAAAUACGCUUUAAUCUUUUGUUGUAUGUUGAAGAACGGACUGUUAGUUGCGGUAUGUUUACGUGAAUGGACCACUUUACAUCGUAAAGUGUACCUUUGAUAUGAAUAAAAGUGCUUAAAUUAAAAACAA